UGGUCACACUGUUUGUCAUUUCCAGUGUCAAUAAUAACACGCCGGCAGAGAAACGCGGUGGUUUUAUUUUAAGUUAUUUCUUCUUUUAUUUAAUGUCUACCGGUAGUAAUUUGAUUGAAAUGCAUGUUUGUGGUAUUGAAAUACCUAACAUUAUUGCGGUUGCAUGCAAAACAGCACGCGGCUAGGCUCGAAUCAUAAACGUUUACCGCUCGCGGCAAACACGUGAAACUAAAUAUAAUAAAAUUACAAGAAAAGAAGGAAAGAAAGAAAAACAGAGCAUGUCUGAUGAUUUUAGUUUAGAUGACUUCGGUUUUCUGCUAAGCCCACCAAUUGAGCGAUCGCCAAAUGAAAUGGUGUCCACAAACGGGAAGUUGUCUAAAAAGCGCCUGCUAAUCGGCGACCUCAUUGCCGACAACGAUGAGCUAGUGCGCCGUGUGAAGGAACUUGAGGGACAAGAGCAGCAGCUGUGCAGCAUAAAGCGUACCGCCAGCGAGGUAACAGAGCUGUAUAUGCAAGAGAAGCAACAACGCAUCGAACUCGAGCGCCGAGCACUUGAAGAAAGCGAGCGUUGCUCUGAUCUGGAGAAACAGUUGGACGUACUAAAGCUAGACUGUGAACAGCUGCAGGCGGAAGCGAAGCUUAAGUGUCUGCCAGUUGACGGUAAAGAUAUGGUCAUUCUUUUUAUGCAACUAGCGCUGCGCAUUCAAGGGGAUCCCUGUUCAGGCGGCCUAACGCGGGCCGAGCAUAAUAUGCUGCGCAAGCUAAAAGAUUAUUGCAAGUCGGCAGAUAUUUCUGUACCUCUUUCGAAGAGCCCAACGAAGAAACGAGCAAAAAGCAUAACUGCAACGAAAUCAACUUCGACAGAAACAUUUGUCGCACAUGCCUCAGCGCCCACCAAGCCUAUGAUGUGCUCGAUUGCCGUACAGAGCGAGAGAUUUGUGACCACACGAGAUCAGGGCAUACAGCAUAAGAAUACCACAACAACGCGCGGUACGACGACAGCCGCGCUCAUCAAAACGCGCACUGUGGGCACCUGUUUUCCACAGCCGGAACCCCCUCUUGAUGCUUAUCAAAUAUUGGAGAAGAUACUAACGUGGACCAUUAUGCCGGUGAGCCCUCUCCCUGAUGAGCCAUUGGUACCCGAAGAGUUGCCACUGAUUAAUGUGGGCACUAAUACGGACAUAUGCGAUGUCCAUCGAGAGAUUGACUACUUGCCCGUGCUGCCAGCUCAAUUGAAACGUUCGGAUUCCCGGCCGCCAUCACGAACCAUGCACGACAGCGUCAAGGAUGAGCUGACGACGCCCAUCGAUGCAGCGACACCAGAUAGCUACAGUCACACCAUGGCAAAGAAGCUGUUCAACUUUUUGCCGCACAGUCAACGUGUUCUCGACAAGAUGCCACCCCAGGACUUCGAGGAGAUCUGGCAAGUCGUAGGCCAAAUGCUGCUCGUUGCCCUACAAAGUCGGCCUGCGAACUCCAUUAGCCAGGCAGAUUUUCGCGAAUGGUUUUGCUCGCUGUACGAGAGCCACCAGACUCAUAACGAUGCACCCAGCAUCGACAUUAGUAAUAAGGAGCAAUAUAUGGCACCUGUAGAUGAAGAAGUGCCACCUGAUGAUCGCAAUCGUUCCAUAGAAACACCGCCUCCGGAAAUGGGCUUGGAACUAACACCGAUACGACUGACUCAAUUCAAGGAAAUGGAGGAACUUAAUACCAAGCCAAAGAUUAAAGAACAAAACUCAUGCUCACAGGAAUAUAAGAGGAAGAAGAAGAAGGAAAAGAAGAAGAAUAAGAAGAAGGAGCAAUCAAGACCCACAUCACCCACAGAAACUGCAGUUAAUUUCCUAACCAAUUUAAGUGAUUUCCACAACUCUAACUGUGAUAACUUAGACAUUCAGCUGAAUGCAGAAGAACGCGAAUUGAUGCAACUGGCGUCUGCAACAGCAAAUAAUAUGCUGCCACCGAACACAUCUCCUGUUUUUAAGGACUUUAUUCCGAUAAUGGAUGCAUCUUUAAAUGUGGAUAAACCACAGUCAACCAAUCCAGAGCCUUUAGACUCACAUGCAGCUAAUGUCGAUGUUAUGGCCCUGUUUGGCAGUGAUUCGGACUCGACAGAUGAAGAAGCGUUUAAAAACAGGAAAGUAGUUGCUAGUGAAGUAAAUAUCUGCUUAAGCUCCAAGAACUCAAGCAACACGGAAAAGGAGAUACCCAAUGAUUGCGAUGUCCGGCAUAAAGAUACACCGCCGAAGCCCAAUUUGGUCAUCAAUAAUGGUGGUCUUGGUGGCGAUAAGACUAAUCGGUUGCAGCGCAAGCGGAAGCUAAGUUCGCGUAACUCAUCUAAUUCUCAUUCAGGAACUAGUGAAGAUGAGAAUUCAGUGACCAACGAUGGACAUACUUAUGCGGAGGAUGCAAACAACAUACGUAUACGUGGCUUAUCUGAGUCGCUAUCUGAAACUAGUGAGGAUGAGAAUAUUGUCACCAGCGACCAUUCUCAUGAGGACGAUACAAACAAUUUACGUAUAGGUGGCUUAUCUGAGUCGCCAACUAAAACUAAUGUAAAGACGAAUUCAGUCACCAGCGAUGAUCAUCCCCAGGCGGAUUAUACAAACAAUACACGUGGGCGUAUCUCAUCUGAGUCUCAGUCGGACGCUAGGGAACAGAAUGCAGUCACCAGCAAUAGACGUAAACGUAGCUCAUAUAACUCUCUAUCUGAAUCUACCGAAGACACUUCAGUCACCAGCGAUGCGGAGGAUACAAAACUUCGUACUACUGAAGCAAAGCAACCUUCACAGGGUGCUGCCACAGUUUCUCCGGUAAAACGCAUGCGAAGAGUAAGCAAGCGUAUUGCACUCAAGAAAAAGUCGACAAUAAAUGAUAAAUCAGUCGAUGCCAAUCAAAGUGUGGACGAUAAUUCAGUAUUCGAUGAUACGGACCGUCAUGAUAUGGAUGAAAACAAAUUGGCUGUGAUUAUUCCUACUGAGAUCACAAAGCAAGACACAAGCACAAUCAAAUGUGAAAAAAUUGAUGAAUCAGAAGAUUACGAUACGGACAUCGAGGAAAGAAAUUUAAUUAUCAAUGAAGAUAUUCAGACCGAUAACGAACCGAUUAAUGAGAUUUUACCAUCAGUAUUGAUUGAUAAGCACAUGCCCGAAAUGUCUGAAGAUUCAAGCAAAUCCGAUGUGCCAGUCAUCAAUUCCGGUCUUCACAGCGAUUCCGAUCAUGAUGAAGACACAUGCCCUCAAAAUAAUGUAGAUGGCCCGACUGUGAUAAGCAAUUCAUCCGAAUCGAAUGCUUCUGAUCCACUUGUGGAUCUGUACCUAACCCCGGAGUAUUCCGAUGAGGAUAAGCAGCAAAAUAGAAAGCGCAAACGCAAGCGAAACGGCAGCAUGAAUGACUCAUUCGAAUCACAGUGCACCGCGAAGCGUCUCACGCGCUUGCAAGCCAAGCAGCUUCAGCUGGAUGCGGAUAAUCAAGAGUCGAGCAAUGGAACAGCAGUGCAGGAAAGCUGCCUAUAUGAGAGUUCGCCUAUGUCGCCUGCUCCGUCGGAUAGCUGUGAAGCGAAUGGCAGCGAGCCCAUAGAAAUUCCACUCCAGUUACCUGGGCGUCAAAAUAACCUGGGUGCGCCAAAGGCGCUGCUGUGCUACAUGAUCAACGCGUACAAGGCUGAUAUCAAGAAGCACAGGAAUCAGAAGCCAAGAAAGAGGCUGGAUAAGCUGACUUCUCAAAUAAUCGAAUAUCUUAAGCAAUCAGAUGAGUUGGAACUGACGCCUACUGAAUUUAUGGGAAUAGACGAGCAAAAUGUAAUCAAUGUCUUAAUAGCGGCAUAUGGUGUAGCAACCGAAGCAGGUGCAAACGAUAUGGUUGUCCUGCAACGUGUGCUGACGCUGGUUAAACAAUUCGAGAGCGAGAAUAGCUCGUUUAUAGGGCAUUUCAUGAAGGCGUUGGAGCAGCGUUUGUUCAACCCGAAGGAUCGACUCUCCGACCCAGUGGCAUUCAUGUGUGUAAAGCUCUUUUUACAAUUGAUUGGACUGCAGGCAAUGCAAGCCGAUCCCGUCGAGAUCUAUGAGAAUCCAGCCCGCCUGUUCCUAGCCAAAAUACUCUACCACUACAGCACACAGAUGCCGCAAUUGGUGUUGGAGGUGCUCACUCAUUAUCCCACAGUGCUGCCGCAUCGCGAGGAGCGAUCAUAUGAUCACAGUGAUCCAUUGAUCACGGUCAUAAAGCAUCUGCUCAUGUGCUAUCCGUACGAUGUCAGCGAUCAGCAUGGAGCCGAGCGUGCGCUGAUCUCCAAGCUGCGGUACGAAUAUCACUUCCAGCCCUAUGAGCCUACGAAGCAGAAGGUGAUCGAGAACCUGAUGGGGAAAAUUAAAGCGGGCCGCACAUAUCAGCUGAGCUAUGCCUUUGCCCUCUUCUGCAGACGAAGCAUCCAACUGAACGUGACCAACGUACUAUCGCAACAGCUGAUCCCGCUGGUCAACAACUACUGUGAUUUGUGCGUACAAAAUGAGGAGUACGAUGCGCGCAUGGAAAGCCUGGUGCAGUGCACAUCGAUGAUUAUCAAGCAGCUGCGGCUGGCCGGUAAUGUGGAUCUCACUGGCUACUUAGCGCUCUUCAAACGGAUCCUCGUGGCGGUGCCGCGGCCUGGCAUCCAGGAGGCAGCCGUCCAGGCCAUACUACGCAUGCAGAGAUUCGGCUACGAAUUCGUUGUGGAUGCCCUCCAGAGCUACAAGCCCAACUAUCCACUGUCACCGAUGACACGCGCAAUGCUGCGCAGCUUCGUCGAGCGCAGGCAGCAGUACCUGCUAGCAAAAAAGGCAUGAUUCAACGUAAAUAGCUUUGAGUUUCGAGUUGGUAAUUUGUAUCAAUUUUAACUAUUUAUUUGUAUGUAUGUAUAUAGUAAAUAUAUAUAUAUAUAUGUAUUUUUUGAAUUAAACUAAAUGCCAACUGCAAUUGAUA